GGACCGGCACCCGGAGGAGGAGGAGGUGUGGGAAACUGGGGGGAAUCUUGAGGCGAGGCAAGUAAGCUCCAGACAUUUUGUCGUUUAGACAUGAAUCAAAGCAGCGAAGAAUGUAUGAAAAAUAUCAGCAGUGUGAAUCUUGACAAACUUAUAAAUGACUUCUCACAGAUAGAAAAGAAAAUGAUAGAAACCAGUGGGAAGAAUAAUAUACUGGAUAUGCAGUUGGAAAAAACUAACUAUUUGUUAAAAGUAAUGCAAACAAAGGAGGUCUCAAUUAAAGAAGAAUGUGCUACUCUUCAUAAUAUGAUAAAAGGGCUACAACAGACCAUUGAAUCUCAACAUGAUUUGAAAGGUGAAAAUGAACAACUAAAAAGAAAUGCUGAUCUUAUGAAAGAGAAGUUAAAAUCUCAUGAACAGGAAUAUAAAAAUAAUAUUGCCAAACUUAUGAGUGAAAUGAAAAUCAAAGAGGAGGGACAUAAGAUAGAAAUAAGGAAACUUCAUCAGGAUAUGCAGCAAAAAAUUGAGUCAAAUGAAGAAAAGCAUAAAGACCUAAUAGAGAAAAAGGAGGUGGAAAUUUCAGAGUUAAAUGCAAAGUUAAGAACUCAAGAAAAGGAAAAACAAAGUGAAAUAAUCAAAUUACAGUUAGAGACCACAAAGAGGAUACACCGACCUCAACCUGAAGGGAAGAAUUAUAAUGAAAGACUCUGUGGAACACCUGGGUGGUUGAGUCGGUUAAGCGUCUGCCUUCGGCUCAGAAGCUUCAACAUCUGCAAGAAGAGAAAAACAGGGAGAUUGCAUUUCUUCGUAAUACCGUUCACGAUUUAGAGCAACGCCUCUCCCUUGGCAAAGAGUCUCAACUUAACUCUACUGGCAAAGGCUCUUACCUUAAGCGUAGACGGUUUUGAGUAGGAUAAUAAAUUCAUUAGUUUCUACUUAAUUUCUUUAAAAGAAGUUGAAAAUUUGCUUCUGUCAUUAAUAUACUGCCUAAACAAUAACAAUGAAAAAAAGAAAGCUUUAAACUUUUUAAAUUGAGUUUAUUUAAACAAAUCCACAUUCGUCCAAUCAUAUACUACAUGCUUGCUUAAUAGUAUAAACCAUAAAGGUUUAUAGGACUUGGUUUACCUACUGAACCAUCAUUGACUAUGGAAAUACUUUCUAAGCAAUCAAGAGAUAGACAACAUUCUUUUAUCUUUUCCAUUACAACUUUCAAGACAGACUAUCUUAAAUUUAAGAGUGUGAUACAAUGCUAGAUAAAGAAAACAAGAUAUAAGGGCUUCAUUCAUAUGUAAUAGUAAAAAUCAAGAUAUGACUCUUAGAUAUACAAAGUAUAAAUGGAUAUUUAAAAUGUAGUCCUAGCAAAAUAUUCAUGUGUCAGUAUUUCUGAAACUUAAAAGACAGAAUUCACUGAGUUCUUUAAAGGUUUAGUCAGUUAAAAACAUAAGAUUAAAAAGACAAAGAUAAUAUUUUUUUGAGAAAUAAGAAAAAAAUGGAAAACAUGUCUUUGUUGUUCUUUCUCCAUUCUAAAUUGCUAACUAUCCAACAGAAACCCCUAGGUCAUAGUUUACGUCUCUGUUCUCAUUGAAGCAAGCAGAAUACUGGAAAAAGA